AUGACGGUGCUACUGGAACAAAUGGUUUUGUACCUGGCCAAGGUCCAUGAUGUGGAGAGAGUUGUGAAUAUUAGCUUUGUCAACUGUGGCCUGACGGACGUUUCGAUAGUACAGCGUAUGGCCAAAUUGGAGAUAGCUUCACUCUCAGUUAAUGGGAUCACAUCAUUGAAGGUAUUUGCUGGCUGCACUAUGCUGAAGAAGCUAUAUCUGCGAUCAAAUAAGAUUGAGGACAUCAAUGAGGUGGAGCAUAUCAGGAACUUGCUUCAUCUCGAAGAUUUCACCUUAGAGGGUAACCCGUGCGUGAAAAGAGCUGGUCCAGGGUAUCGCGGAAUACUGCUGCGCACUCUGCGAACGCUGAAAAUAAUAGAUACCACUCAAGUAACUGGUGAGGAGGUCAGAAAUGCAUUGUGGAACAGCAACCCUCCUGUCAUGCAUGACGAACAUAAUGAAGAAUCCUUGAAUCCUUUUGACGCAUAUCAUCAGUCAGCUCAACAGAUGAGCUGCAGCGCGAGUCCUCAGGUGGAACAGUUGGUACAGGUGUCACCGCGUCCUAGGAGGCCAUUCACAGCCGGACAGCAGGAGCAGGAACUAUCACCAGACCCCCCAGGCACUCCCUCAAUGGGAGCUGCUCUCCGGUUGACUCUUGCUUUGGCAGAAACAUCUCCCGUGAGAACUACCGUCAAAUGGGCCCAGCAGACAAGGCGCCCAGCGCGUCCGUGCAGCCUGUGCGCGACUACAGAUGCCAGGCGUUGGACCUUGGCCGAAACUUCAUAG